GAGGAGCUGGGCAUUGCCUGUGAGUUGCUGGAGUCAGACUUCCUCAAGUGCAGCGUGGGAUUUCCUUUCAUGAGAUCGAAAUCUAGGUAUGAAUUCAGUGUGAUCUUUGAUACAAGCCACUUAUCUGGUCAGGAAGAAACACUUAACUUCCUUGUCGCUGCCCAAAGUGGAAACCUAGAACGCACUGAAUCUCUGCAUGAUAAUACUCUAACCUUGUCGGUGCCCCUGAUGCAUGAAGUGGACUCAUCUAUCAAUGGAGAAGUCUUCCCUACUUCAUUUUUCUACGGUGAUUCUGUGGAAGCAUCCAACUUUGUUCAGUUGGAAAACCAUGAAUGCCUUUUCCAGUCUCUCAACUUCACACUGCAGGUUUACAAUGCUGGACCAAGCACUCUCCCUGGAGCUUUUCUUGACCUUUCAUUUCCAAACCGCCUCUCUGCUACUGGAGCCGAAAUAUUUCACGUUCAGCACAUGAUGGUUGGUCAGGACAAAGGAAGCUGUUCUUUUCACAGAAGCCCCAGCCCAUGCAUUGUUCCUCAAGAGAAUGAAAAUAUUUUCCACACAAUAUUUGCUUUUUUCACAAAAUCCGGAAGAAAAGUAUUGGACUGUGAAAGACCAGGCAGGUCCUGCUUGAUUAUACGCUGCAACUUAAGCUCACUAGCCAAAGCAGAGUCCUGUGAUAUAAGUAUCUACACACUGCUGAAUACUGAGAUACUGAAGAAGGACAGUUCGUCGGUCAUCCAGUUCGUCGCAAGGGCAAGGGUGCGGGUGGACCCUGACCUCAGAGUUGUGGAGGUGCCCAGUGGGAGCCCAGAAGAAAAACCAGUGGUCUUUGAGGCUUUGCACAAUCUGGAGCCUCGUGGGUAUGUUGUCGGAUGGAUCAUUGCCAUCAGUUUGCUGGUGGGAAUUCUCAUCUUCCUAUUGCUGGCUGUGCUCUUAUGGAAGAUGGGCUUCUUCCGCCGGAGGUACAAAGAAAUUAUUGAGGCCGAAAAGAGCAGAAAGGAGAAUGAAGAUAGUUGGGACUGGGUCCAGAAAAAUCAGUGAACUGCCCAUGAAAACUAAAGCCCAGUCAUGUGAUACGCGCUUGCUAGCCUAUAGGUCCUGCUCUCAUAUCUUCCAUAUGUGGAAGAAGGAAUCUUCUCCAGAUUUUUCGGAGACCCCAUUGAUGCUGUGUCUUUAUCACUCCAACAAGCUAGGGAACAUAUCCUGAGGCAACCACUGCAGCCAUGUCAGGUGACUGGAGCAAUUUACACUUCAUUUAAGAGCUGAACUUUGAACUUUGGUAACCAAGCUGCAGUGCAGAGCAAUAUUUAUGAAUCCAACUAUGUGGUAUACCCUCAGGGGAAGACUGUUACCUAAAAAUAUUUUUUAUAAAUAUAAGCUUUUUAUAUUGAUUAUUUCUUUAUAUUUGUAUCAAUGUUUUAUAGUUUCUAUUGAAUAGCUAUAUAGUUCACUCAAGCACUGAUAUCUGGCUAAAUCCUUGGAAAUACAUAUAUGUAUAUAUAAAUCCUAUUGUACUUUUAAACUUCAAUGCAAGAGAGAAAAGAGAUUUGCAGAUAAAAGUAGCUGAAAUCCUCAUAUGCUUAAUUCACAAGGCUUGGUAAUGUUGUAUAUAUUCCAUUUAAUGGCAAUAAGCCAAAGUCUUUUCACUAUCUCUUUUUUUGAGUUGAAUUUGGUGUUCGAUUUAUAAACUAAAGAACCUGAAGUAUUACACAGAUGUGAUGUUCUGUAUCUGAGUCUAUCCUUUACUGGCCUGAAUGAGAGAGGAUGAAAACGCUUCCUCGGUGACAUGUAGCAAGACUUGUACCUUGCUUUGUCUCACUGAAGAAAGCAUCACACAAUGUUUUCCUUUGGGAAGUUUUCUCUUGCAGUCUCUAGUACUUUGAUAAUAGUCUAGGACUGUACAUCUGAGAUACCAGAAGGAUAUAAUUGGGCCAACCACUAUAGUAUUGACAAAUUUAUUGGAAUUAAAAAAAAUAAAAAUGAAAUAGAGCCAUAUUAAUGUUAAGAAGGAUAGUUUUUAAGCUAGUUUUAAUGAUUGUGAUCUGUUGCUAUCAAAGCAAGUGAUAAAUUGCUACAAGCUAUGAGCAUUAUGCCUGCCUUGUGAGUUUCAUACACAAGUCAUUAGUUUGUUUAUAUGAUAAUUUUAAGAGAGAGAAGUAGAUGCAAAGUUAAAAAUGUUUGGAUCUUUGGAUUGUGAGAUUCCCUAUCUGGAUGUUCCAAG